AUGGCGUGGUGGAAGAACGGCGCCUUGGUCGCCGCGGCGACCCUCGCCGUGGCCGCGGUGGUGUGCGCCGGCGUGGCGGCGGCGGCGGCGAGCAAGUUCGACGACGUGGUGCAGCCCAGCUGGGCCAACGACCACGUCCUGUACGAGGACGACCUCCUCAAGCUCCGCCUCGACAGCUCCUCCGGCGGGGGAUUCGCGUCCAAGAACCGGUUCUUGUACGGCAAAGCGACCGCCGAUCUGAAGCUCGUGCCGGGGGACUCCGCCGGCGUCGUCACUGCUUUCUAUGUGACUGUCGUCGGCGGGGGACAAGCACAACGAGUUCGACUUCGAGUUCCUGGGCAACGUCACCGGCGAGCCGUACCUGGUGCAGACCAACCUGUACAUCGACGGCGUGGGCAACCGGGAGCAGCGCAUCGACCUCUGGUUCGACCCCACCGCCGACUUCCACACCUACGCCGUGCUCUGGAACCCCAGCCAGGUCGUCUUCCUCGUCGACGACACCCCCAUCCGCGUCUACGACAACAAGAACGCCUCCGCCACCAAGCUCAAGGGCCACCACCGCCACCCCAACAACGCCACCAACACCACCGCCACCCAGGCCCAGACGGCGUCCGCGUUCCCGUCGCCGCAGCCCAUGGCCGUGUACAGCUCCAUCUGGAACGCGGACGACUGGGCCACGCGCGGCGGGCUGGUCAAGACGGACUGGUCGCACGCGCCGUUCGUGGUCACCUUCCGGGACGUGCGGGUGGAGGGCUGUGCCUGGGCCGCCAACGCCUCCGACUCGGACGCCGGCGAGGUGGCGCGCUGCAGCGGCAGCUCGUGGGGAAAGGAGGGCCGGUACUGGUGGAAGGAGAAGGACAUGCAGGAGCUGUCCGUGCACCAGAGCCACCAGCUGAUCUGGGCGCGCGCGCACCACCUCGUCUACGACUACUGCGUCGACACGGACCGCUUCCCCGUCCAGCCGCCCGAGUGCGCCGGCCGCUGAUCCGCCGCGUCGUCGCCGGCCGCCUCCAUGGGAAUCUUUAUUUAGUACUCCGUAGAAUGGAUCCAUGA